UUAUUUUUUGUUGCAGAUCUUCAGCACAGUGUAUUUGCUGUACUGACCACCGCAUUUGGUGGUGCAGGUUACAGCUAAGAGUGACUAUAUAUAUAUAUAUCUAUAUACCGCGACGCGAAUACGUAAUUCAAAUACUCGACGUGAAAAAAAAUCCAAGCCAUGUCCAGCCAUUGGUACUCGACAUUCAGACACUCUGGUGGAGACAAUAAGCAGCAAGGCAGCACUGCUGGUUACGGCGACGGUGGCACCUCAUCUGCAACACCAACAACAACAACAACCAACAUCGCAGGCAUGACAACAGGGGUUCCUCUACACCAACAGCAAAAUAAGCCGCAACCCGCAGCCAGACGCGGGGGUUCUGCUGCCAGCAGGUACUUGCUUCGCUCCAGUCUGCGUUCCAAGGGAUCCAGCUCGUCAUCCGGGGAACGGGAUCCGAGGGAGCGGUUCAAGGACUGCUGUCGGAAAAUUGUGCAAUUCCUCUUUUCCCAGGUGGGUGUGGGUGCGCUUGUGGUCGGUUACGCCAUCUUUGGGGCAUUUGCCUUCAUCGCAGUCGAAGGUGGACAAGAACGCAUUGGACUUCGCAUGAUCGAGCACAGAGAAGCUGCAGCUCAGCAGCUCUGGAAUGUCACUGAAGUCUACAAUGUACUCAACUUUGAAAAGUGGAACACGGAGGUGGAGGGUCUCAUCAAGAGUUACCAGCGGGAG